AAUGCUCUGCUAUUACCUUGCCCUCGAAUCGUCCCUCCCAUUUGGGUAUUUCAAGUUUUGCCGCCAAUCUCACCUUCGCUCCGACAUCUCUCUCUGGCCUGAGGGUUUCUCUGCAAAGCGCUGAUUUCAGUUCAAAACCCAUCUCUCAUUUCCCCAAAAUGACCUCCGCAAGCCCUCUACAGAUCGCCGACGACGACGACGGGUUCGACUGGGAGGCAGCUGUGAAAGAAAUCGAUGUGGCAUGUCAAAGCGCAAACCCCUUAACUUCACUCCCCAACUAUCCAUCUUCUUCCCAUUUUGUUCCUCUUCAGAAUAAUUGUAAUUAUGUGUCUUCUUCUAAUAAGAUAUUGAGAAAGCCCGGGGCUUAUAAGCAAUCUACCCUCCAUAGUUUUAUUGGGAAGGGUGUGGGUCUCGAGCAUCCACAUGAAAAUCCAGUGGUUGAUGAUCCUGAUCAGCAGGUUGCUGUUGAUGGUGAAGAUGAGAGGGUAAGCUGCGUUGGGAUUGAUGUUGAGGCUGCUAAAACUUGGAUAUAUCCAGUUAAUGUCCCACUUCGUGAAUAUCAGUUGGCUAUAACCAAGACAGCAUUAUUUUCAAAUACAUUGGUGGCAUUGCCAACAGGGCUUGGAAAGACACUUAUUGCUGCAGUUGUAAUGUAUAACUAUUUCAGAUGGUUUCCAGAUGGGAAAAUAGUAUUUGCUGCACCAUCUCGACCACUUGUAAUGCAACAAAUAGAAGCAUGCCAUAAUAUUGUGGGAAUACCACAAGAAUGGACAAUUGAUAUGACAGGUCAGCUAAGUCCUACAAAAAGGGCAUGCUUUUGGAAAACUAAACGGGUGUUCUUUGUUACUCCACAAGUUCUGGAGAAGGAUAUUCAAGCUGGCACUUGUUUGGUAAAAUACCUAGUAUGUUUGGUUAUUGAUGAAGCUCAUCGUGCAUUAGGAAAUUAUUCUUACUGUGUAGCAGUUCGCGAGUUGAUGACAGUACCACUGCAGCUAAGAAUAUUGGCUUUGACUGCGACACCAGGAUCAAAGCAGCAAGCCAUCCAGAAUAUUAUUAGUAACUUACAUAUAUCAACUCUUGAAUAUCGUGAUGAAAAUGAUCCUGAUGUAAGCCCAUAUGUUCAUAACAGAAAGAUUGAAUUGCUUGAGGUUGCACUGGGAAAAGAUGCUGUUGAUAUAAAUAAACAGUUACUGGAGGUGAUACGUCCAUAUGCGGCUAGGCUUUCUGCAGUUGGACUUCUCCAAAAUCGAGACUAUAAAACUUUCAGCCCCCCAGAUUUACUUAAUUCAAGGGAUAAAUUUCGCCGAGCACCUCCACCAGAACUUCCCCAGGGCAAAUAUGGAGAAAUUGAAGCUUAUUUUGGAGGUCUUAUUACUCUUUAUCACAUUCGUAAGCUACUUUCCAGUCAUGGAAUAAGGCCAGCAUAUGAGAUGCUGGAAGAAAAGUUGAAACAAGGGCCAUUUGCAAGACUGAUGACUAAAAAUGAAGACAUUAGAAAAGUAAAACUUUCAAUGCAGCAAAGCUUGUCUCAUGGUGCCCCUAGUCCCAAAUUGUCAAAAAUGUUGGAAGUUCUGGUGGACCAUUUCAAAACAAAUGAUCCACAGAACUCAAGGGUAAUAAUUUUCUCCAAUUUUAGAGGAAGUGUAAGGGAUAUAAUGGAUGCACUGUCUAACAUUGGGGAUCUAGUUAAAGCAACAGAAUUUAUUGGUCAAAGCACAGGAAAAGCAUUGAAAGGCCAGUCACAAAAAGUUCAACAGGCUGUUUUGGAGAAAUUUCGAGCUGGCAAAUACAAUGUUAUUGUUGCCACGUCAAUUGGUGAAGAAGGCCUGGAUAUCAUGGAAGUGGAUCUUGUAAUAUGUUUUGAUGCUAAUGUGUCACCACUAAGAAUGAUCCAGCGUAUGGGGAGAACUGGAAGGAAGCAUGAUGGACGAGUUAUAGUUUUAGCUUGUGAAGGGUCUGAAUUGAAGGGUUAUAUGCGAAAACAAGCAAACAGCAGGGCCAUUAGGAAACACAUGCAUAAUGGGGGGAUAAAUAGCUUUGAUUUCCAUUCUAGCCCAAGGAUGAUUCCCCAUGUUUUUAAACCAGAAGUCCAAUUUGUCAAGCUAUCAAUUGAACAAUACAUUCCUCGUGGAAAGAAAGUGAAAGAUGAUAGUGCUAUCCAGACACCCAUGUUCAGAGCCAAAUUAAAUGCUGAUGAAGUUGCUUUAAUUGCCAAGUACUUUGAGCCCACCAGUGAAAAAUCUUGGAGACCAUCUCUUAUUGCCUUUCCACAUUUCCAGGCAUUUCCCUCAAGAGUGCAUAAAGUAAUGCAUUCUUAUAGAACAGACAUGCUGAUUGAUACAAUGCAAUAUUUGCAAAAUCUAUCAUUUUCUGGGGAGAGCAACACUUUCUUUACUGAGGGUGAAAUUGCUUCAGGUAAGUGCUUGGGAGUUGACACUGUUGAAAAAGAGGACAAUGAUAAAGAUCCACUGAUUUGGGAUGAAUCUCCAAGUACCAAGUCACAGAAAACAGUAACAGAUUCUGAGGUAUCAUCCCUAAAGUCCUUGAGAACCAAGGAGCAAAAUGUGCUGGAUCCCCAAGGCCAAAGACCAGCAGGCCAUUCCUAUCUUUUUGGUUCAGAAUUUGUGUCUGUAGAUGCUCAUGGAAAGGUCAUAAUUUUGUCUGUCCCAGUGCUUCCAUUAAAAGAGGCAUCACAAACUAAUUGUACAAGUCCUAGCGCAACUGUGCUGCUAAAUUGCUUGAAGCCAAAUUCUUGCCAUUUGAAAAAUCCAGGUAAAAAUUAUGAGGAACAGACUGUACAAGGCAAGUCUAGUCCAGACAUAAUAACAUCUUGGGUUCAGUGUGAAACAAGUGUGGCUUUGGCAAUGUCUAAGUCUAAUCUCCAGCAGGAGACAACACUGGAUCAGGUUGAAAAAUUUCCUGAGACUUCAGUGUUGAAGAAAAUCAUUUCAAACGAAGGAGAUUGUGUUGGUGAAGCACUCAAUUGCUCAGAAAUCAAGGUGCCAUCUUUGCAUGCUGAUGAAUAUGACAAUAGUAAUGAACUGAGUCCCAGGCUAACCAAUAUGAUCCAAAGUGGUUUUGUUCCAGAAUCUCCAGUAGAUAUUGGACUGUUGAAUGGCAAAGGAAGGAAUGAGUUUUUGGUUACAGAUGUAUCACCCAUGAAAUUGUGUGCUGAACUACUGUCAAAGUCUCAGAGUCCAAGAAAAAAUGAUAUUGCUAUCAGCAGUAGUUCCUGUCAAAGAGAUGUCUCCAUAUCUUCUAUUAAUAAUGAAUUUCAUACUCCUAUACUUAAGGCGAGCAAUGUUGUCAGAACAGAUGGACGCACCUCAAUUUCCCCAGGUGCUGAAGAAACCGAUACUCCCUUGGCAAAUCUCAGCAAAAAUAGCUUGAGCAAAGAUUGGCUUCUGAGUUCUGGAGACAAAUCAGAAAAUGUUGAACAAGUGCGCAAGUUCAAGAGAUUGCGGAAAAUUGGAGAUGUUGACAGAAAUAGGAAUCCAGAAGGCAACAAAGAUAAAUCUUUAGCGCCAAUUGCAAACCUUGAUAGAUCAUUUUCUGAUAUCAGUCCUAACAAAAUCAAGUACUGUAAAGGUAAAAGGAAGCUAACCGGCAAUGUCAGGACCUUCAUUGAGGAGGAAGCUGAGGUAUCUUCUGAAGGAAUGUCUGACGAUGAGAAAGAUGACUCAGGCAACAGUUCAUAUGAUGAUAGUUUCAUAGAUGACAGGACAAAUCCCACAGCAGCAAGUAUUCAAGCUGAAACUAGUAGAGUUGACAUGAUGGCAGUUUACAGGCGUUCUUUGCUCACCCAAUCACCAAUUGAGAGGGAAUCAAAUUCAUACAUAACUAGUACUCCUGAUUGUGGGAAUUCCGUGAGCAGAAGGAACGAAAGCAAAAGCUCCUCAGUCAAGACAUUAUGUUCUUUCCAGACCCCUCAACCUGAUUCUGCAAAUGACUCUGCCAGGAGAGAUACAGAUUCCUUUCGCACUACUGAGAGGAUGUCAGCAGCAAUGCCUAGUAUAACCGGUCAUUCUGUGAAUGAAAAUGAGAGACAGCUGGAAUCUAGGAAAAGGAAAUUGAGUUUUUGUCAGCCUGGAUCUAUUCCAGUAAUCAAUCUAGAGCAAAAAUUCUGUUUGCAGUCAGAUGCUGGCAGAAAAGAAACAUUCCAGCAGGGUCCUGCUGAAAAUUUAGAUGCUAAUGCGGAAGUUUUUCAUGAUGAUCAAUUCUUUGAAGAUCUUGAUCUUGAUGCUGUGGAGGCACAAGCUACCUUGCUUCUCAAACAUAGAUCCAAGUUAUCAGUACAAAAGCAGGAUGUAGCUCCAAAAUCCGAUGCACAAAAUUUUGACCUUCAGAGUUCUCCAUCAUUUGAUCUUGGGAUAUGGUAAUUUAGAGGUAAAUCUUUAUAAUUCCCUCCCUCAAGCAUCUUUCUGAAGAAUCCCUUCAAGCAAAAUGCAGAGAAUGCACAGUAGCACAGUGUUCUGAGAAUUCUAGCAAGUUUUUUUGGAGGCAAAUAGAAUUGAUACAGUACAAACCAAUGUAAUUUAUAUAAUAGAUUAUUUAACAGUGCAGAGACAAAAAAAAAAAAAAGAAAAAGAUUAUGUAGAGCUCCAUGUAUAGAAGGAUAGGCCAUCAUCCAUUGUAUAGAAACAUUACACCAGAAAUACCAUGUUCAUAAAAAAAAAUGGAGGCAAAAUAGCUGCAGAGGUCAAAUUCUAAGAUAACUCAUCAUUUUGUCCGCACGUUAGUGUGGAUUAUUUAUUAUUUUAUUUUAAUAAUAUAAUUUAAUAUUUUUUU